AUGUGCCGCCUCCAGGAGUUGAAGCACGAGCUCGCGCUCGCACUCGAAGAGAUGUAUGAAGACCCGCCUGCCAUCGUCGAAGUCGAGGCCACCCGCUGGUCUUCCGAUCCUUUCUUCAGGGGUUCCUACUCCCUUCUGCCCACCAACUCCAUGACAGAGAACAGCUGGGACGUGAUCAACGCAAGAUAUGGAAGGCUCUUCUUUGCCGGAGAAGCGUUCCACCCGAGAUGGUCUGGGUAUUUGCAAGGAGCCUUUGCCUCGGGCAAGGACAAGGCGCAGCAAGUGGAGCUGUUCCUGAAGUCGGAUGCUUCCGCGCCCGAUGGAAAAUGUCCGUUGCAGGGAGAGGGCCGUGCAAUGGGCCAGGUCCUGACAACUUGGAGCUUCGUGACCUUGGGAAGUACGCUACUUACGGGUCCUGAGAUGAAGGUCGUUAUUUGCAUCGACAACGUCUAUUGGACCCAAGAGGUUGCAGUGGCCAUCGAGGCUGGAAAACUCGAAGCCUACUACAAGAAGAGCGUGGAACAACUGAGCGGCCUCGUGAAUUUGGUUCGUGGCGAUUUGUCGAAACUGGCGAGGCAGACCCUCGGGGCCUUGGUGACUAUCGACGUUCACAACCGUGAUGUGGUGCUCAGCUUGAAGGAUGCCAGGAUCUCCAGCUCGAAGGACUUCGACUGGAUUGCCCAGCUGCGAUACUACUGGCGCCAGAAGGGUUCGAUUACCCUAAAGGAAACCGGCAAGCCAAGUACGGUGGACAAGUGCGAGGUAUCAAUCAUCAACGCCACCCUCUACUAUGGUUUCGAGUACUUGGGCAACAGUGAUCGCCUGGUGAUCACACCCUUGACUGACCGUUGCUACCGCACGCUAAUGGGUGCAUUCCACCUCUACUAUGGCGGUGGCCCGGAAGGUCCUGCUGGCACGGGAAAGACGGAAAGCACCAAGGAUUUGGCGAAGGCAGUGGCUGUGCAGUGUGUUGUCUUCAACUGCUCAGAUGGCCUUGACUACAUUGCUAUGGGCAAAUUCUUCAAAGGCAUCGCAUCCUCCGGUGCUUGGUGCUGCUUCGACGAGUUCAACCGUAUCAACCUCGAGGUCUUGUCCGUGGUGUCGCAGCAGGUGCAGACAAUCCAAUUCGCCAUUCGAGACAAGAGGGAGACCUUCUGGUUCGAAGAGAUGGAGAUCAGGUUGGUGCCCUCCUGCGCGGUGAACAUCACCAUGAAUCCAGGCUAUGCUGGGCGAUCGGAGCUGCCGGAUAACCUCAAGGCACUCUUCCGGCCUUGUGCCAUGAUGGUCCCAGACUAUGCCCUCAUCGGUGAGAUUGUUCUGUAUUCCAACGGAUUUGAGGAUGCCAAAAAUCUUGCCCGAAAGGCUGUGGGCAGUCUUCGUCUGAGCUCCGAGCAGCUUUCUUCUCAGGAGCACUAUGACUUCGGCAUGCGGGCACUGAAAUCGAUACUUGUUCGAGCCGGGGCUCUCCGCCGUCAGUACGGAGGCAGCCGACCAGAGCAGGUCUUGGCACUGUCUGCGUUGAACGAUGUGAACCUGCCUAAGUUCACCCGAAACGACAUCCCCUUGUUCCUGGGCAUCACCGGCGACCUCUUUCCAGAAGUGGAGCUUCCGCCGUCCGACUACGGCGUGCUGAUCAACGAGCUUGAGGGUUCGGCCCGCAGCCUCGUCCUGCAGCCAGUGGACGGCUUCAUCAAGAAAUGCAUACAGCUCUGGGAAACCAUUAUGGUUCGACAUGGCUUGAUGUUGGUGGGCCAGACCGUGUCCGGCAAAACAGAGGUGGAGAAUGUCUUGGCUGCAGCACUUGCAGCCGUGGCCGAUGGCGAGAGCUAUCUGCCAGUGCUUAUUCACAAGAUCAAUCCAAAGUCCAUUACGCAGGGCCAGCUGUACGGUGAAAAUGAUGAAGCCACACACGAAUGGACAGACGGCAUUCUGGCUCUGACAGUGCGCCAUGCUUCUGCAGCGGAGCAAUCCAAAAGGCAGUGGAUUCUGCUUGAUGGUCCUGUCGAUGCGGUCUGGAUCGAGAACUUGAACACAGUCCUUGACGACAACAAGAAGUUGUGCUUAAACAGUGGUGAAAUCAUCAAGUUGACGCCAGUCACCACGAUGAUGUUUGAGGUGGAGGACUUGUCUGCGGCGUCUCCAGCGACCGUCUCGCGCUGUGGCAUGGUCUUCCUGGAGCAGCAGGACAUUGGCUGGCGAGUGCUCCUAAGCUCCUGGUGCGAACGGUUGCCAGACCGGCUGAAAGACCAGGCAGCCUUGCUGCAGGAGCUGAUGGACUCCUGCCUGGAUGCCGUCUUCGAGAUGGUCUCCAGAAAGGUGUCGAAGCCGGUGCCUGUGAGCAUCAACUGGCUAGUGCUGAACCUCCUGCACUUGCUCUGGGCGCUCCUGCAGGCACGGGAUUCCUGUUGA